AUGUCUCAAUCUGGUGCCACCGUUUCGCAGGACUGCAUAACUGCCUUCAACGACCUGAAGCUUAACAAGAAGUACAAGUACAUCGUCUACAAGCUUUCCGACGACUACAAGGAGAUCGUUGUCGAGCACGCCUCCGACAACAGCGACUGGGAGGACUUCCGUGAGAAGCUCGUCAACGCUACCUCCAAGAGCCGAACUGGCGCUGUUGGCAAGGGUCCCCGUUACGCCGUCUACGACUUCGAGUACAGCCUGGCCUCUGGCGAUGGUAUCCGAAACAAGAUCACCUUCAUCGCCUGGUCUCCCGAUGAUGCCGGUAUCCAGCCCAAGAUGAUCUACGCUUCCUCCAAGGAGGCUCUUAAGCGAUCGCUCACUGGCAUUGCCACCGAGCUCCAGGCCAACGACACUGAUGACAUCGAAUACGACUCCAUCCUCAAGACCGUCAGCAAGGGUCUUGCUGGUUAA